GACUCAGUGUGAUAAUGUGACAGGCUCGCGAGCGCAAGAAGAGCAGGUCUGUAACGGAGGACCGAAUGCCAAUCUGACUGAGAGAGCGCCUUUAUUGCGCGUGAGAGACGGGAGGGACAGACGUUUCUAGAGCUGCACGCGUACACAGACAGACGAGGCACAGAAAGCUCUGGGGAACUCGGGGAAAGGGUGCAUUUUCACCGUCUCAAGAGGAAGUUAAGGACAAAUCUCUCGCUGAAAUAACUCUUAAAAGGGACACUGGGUACGCGGGAGUCACCUCUACGACUAACUUGUGGGAUUUAUCGGGAAUUGUUUCUGAAAGGAGACCUGGCUUCCCUCUCCACGCGUUUAGAUUUCAUUUUGUUCAUUUAAUUUCAGUUCAUGAGCUGCACUCAACAACUGUCAUCUCUCGAACAGCCGAUUGCAGCAGAGGAUUGUGCGUAAAGACGCAGACAGCCGCCUUUUCCGCGGGCACUCGCCUUCUUCACUUGCGUUUUUGUACUCUUAUUUAUUAUUUAUAGUCAAGCCUUUAUUUAUUUCGGCACUGUUCUGGGGCGUCGGUGGUGAUUUCUGUGGAAUAUGGUGGGGGAAAUGGAAACGAAAGAGAAGCCGAAGCCGACCCCAGAUUAUCUGAUGCAGCUCAUGAACGAUAAGAAACUGAUGAGCAGUCUGCCCAACUUCUGCGGGAUCUUCAACCACCUCGAACGGCUUCUCGACGAAGAGAUCAGCAGGGUACGAAAGGACAUGUACAAUGACACUUUAAACGGCAGCACGGAGAAGAGAAGCUCCGAGCUCCCGGACGCCGUCGGCCCCAUCGUUCAGCUCCAAGAGAAACUCUAUGUGCCUGUUAAAGAAUAUCCUGACUUUAAUUUUGUGGGCCGUAUCUUGGGUCCGCGGGGACUCACAGCUAAACAGCUGGAGGCAGAGACAGGAUGUAAGAUCAUGGUGAGAGGGAAAGGCUCCAUGAGGGACAAAAAGAAGGAGGAACAAAACCGAGGUAAACCCAACUGGGAGCAUCUGAAUGAAGACCUUCAUGUGCUCAUCACUGUGGAGGACGCCCAGAACCGGGCUGAGAUUAAGCUCAAGCGUGCAGUAGAGGAGGUUAACAAGCUGCUCGUGCCUGCGGCUGAAGGCGAGGACAGUCUGAAGAAGAUGCAGCUGAUGGAACUGGCCAUUCUCAACGGCACCUACAGGGACGCCAAUAUCAAAUCACCUGCCCUUGCAUUCUCUCUUGCAGCGAGCGCCCAGGCGCCACGGAUCAUCACUGGCCCAGCACCUGUCCUGCCUCCCACCGCCUUACGCACACCCACGCCUGCAGGGCCCACCAUCAUGCCCCUAAUCCGCCAGAUCCAGACUGUCAUGCCCAAUGGCUCGGCCCACCCAGCAGCUGCCACCCUAGUGCAGCCCGGUCCAGAGUCAGGCCUGAUUUACGCGACGCCCUAUGAUUACCCCUACACACUGGCCCCCGCCACCUCCAUUCUGGAGUAUCCCAUCGACUCCAGCGGGGUUUUAGCAGGUGCAGUGACAUCUAAAGUUCGAAGGCACGAAAUGCGCGUCCAUCCCUACCAAAGGGUAGUGACCGCAGACAGAGCCACCACUGGCAACUAACCCCUGACCUUCUGACCUCUUCACCCAAUGACGACCUGCCCAUUACCUGCCUGCAGAUCACACCUCUGCCCUAAAAUGAAUGAAUGAAAGACAAAAAAAGAGUAUCUAAGAGCUGUAACAGGCAGUGGAUUAUACAGCUUCGCUUGUUGGACACGUUGGACGUUCCUGCCGCUGUACAUCUGCACUCUUUGUAAGCAAUAAGCAAUAAUGAUUUGUCCCACACCCUCUAAAUCAAAGCCAGACCUCCCAGUUUGCUGUGCAAAAGCCUCCAACUCAACGACGGCACUGUUGAGGAAGUGGUCUGCCCUUCACCGGACCAUCCUGCACUUACGGUAAUGAGUCUGAAUGUAAUGCACGAUGGAGUGGAUGAUGCACUUCUUGGUGAACUACGUCAGCGGCUCGUCACAUGUCACAGCGGGCUAUUUGAGAAGCAUUUCAGUGAGACGGUAUGAGUCAAAGCUGAAAACACAUUUAAAAAACGGGAAGAAUAUUUCCUUUCCGACACUUUUCAGUGAACAAGCCUCUCGGAGGAUGUAUAAGCCAUGCUUGCCUAUCUGCUGUACAAAUGUAUGAAAUCUGUAGAUAAAUGUUGAAAGACUGACAAACGAAAACAUGUACAGAAACAACACUUUUAUUAUCCUACAGAGAACAUAUAUUUUUACAACUGGCUAUUUUAUAUUGCUGAAUAUUGUGAGGAAAACAAGAAAAAAAGGAAACAACACGGAACCCUUUAUGAAGUGAAAACAAUCCGGUUUUCUGUAUUUGGAUGUAGACCAAAACAACCCUUUCGUUGAACCGAUGGGGUUGGUAGGGAUUAAUCAUUCAAGUGCCUUAUCAUAGUUCAUGUUCAAUAUGAAUGUCCUCAUCAGUGGCGAGCGAGCAGACCCGAAGCAUCGUAAGUCUUCGUAAACUAUAGAGCCCAGAAAGGUCUCUACAAUCUACGCAGGUUUAUGAUGGAUUUGGGAAAUGUUGUCCAGGUCAGUACACACAGCUUUCCCUUCAGGAACCACAGAAGUGAUGUAUCACCAGCUUAUACCUGCCUUCCAGUUUCGGCUGGAACAGCUCGAAGCUCUAUCCCUGUCUUACACAGCGAUCAAAUUCAAGGCCUUUCACACCACAUGAAUAUCGUCAAACCAACUUGGGAAUCAAAAUCUAUUUGUUACCUUCAGACUUGACUCAUCCUUCAGAAUUAUGGGUAUUUUGCUCAAAGCACUUAAAUUAAGUUGCACUUUAUGUUGAUUUUUAGUGCAUUGUAAUAUCAAUUACAAUGCACUAAAUUAUGGUAACUUAUGUUAAGAUAUACAGUAGUAUAUAUAUUCAAUGCCAAAAAAAAUAAAAUAUUUUCAUUUAAAAAACUAUUGUUAGUUUUAAUAUAUUUUCAAAUGUAAUCAAAGCUGUAUUUUCAGCAUCAUUCCUCCAGUCUUUAGUGUCACAUGAUCCGUCUAAAAUGCUGAUUUGCUGCUUACAUUUUUUUUAUUAUUAUUAUUUAUUUUUACAAUGUUAAAAACAUUGUGUUGCUUAAUAUUUUAAACACUACCAUUUAAAGGUUUGGGGUAAAUAAGGUCAAAAGAUUUCCAUUUCAAAUAAACGGUGUUCUUUCUAUGCAUCAAAGAAUCCUGGAAAAAAGCAGCACAAUGAUUUAAAUGUUGAUAAUAAUCAGAAAGGUUUUUUGAGCAUUAAAUCAUCAUAUCAGAAUGAUUUCUGAAGGAUCGUGACACUGAAGACUGGAGGAAUGAUGUUGAAAAUACAGCUUUGAUCACAGGAAUAAAUUACAUUUUAAAAUAUAUUUUAAAUCUGAAAUAUUAUAGCUAUUAUUAUAGCUAUUAUGACUGAUGGUGUAUACAUUGUAAAUAAUUACCUGGAUUUGAGAAAAUAUAUAUCUCUGAAUUAAGUAAAUUUUUCUCGUUUUAAGCAUACAUAUCAGAAAAUAACUAAUAAUAAUAUAAUUAUAUAAACAAAAUUCGCCAGUGGAAAAAAAAAACAAUGCACUUUUAAACAAGAUAUUUUUCUGUCUGUACAUUUGAAUACAUGAUUUUGCUUCUCAGUUUGAAUAUUUUUUGAAAACAAAACAAAUAGUGAUUAAAACAGAUUUGAAAUGAAACGGUGUGUAUGUGGUGAUGGUGGAUAAGCUGUGUGUACUGCCUGCACUGUAUCACUGUAAUGUGUGUCUCCCUCAGACUCUUUCUUUACUAUGCAACAGAAUGGCCUCUGACGUCUUGAGAGGAGUCUCUGUGACAUCAAACAUGUCUUCCUGAUGUGUCUGCGUUUGCUCUCAUUUACACUCAUGACUCUGCAGUGCCAUCACAGACUUAUGAUAUCAAAGAAGGUGUAAUAUCGAGGUGUGGUGUGUUUGAAAAUGCUUUGGAAUAUGAAAUGCGAAUUAUCUACACAGUAAAAGCAGUUUUUUUGUUGGUUUGUAAGAAUACAGAAAUGUGAUUAUAUACAAAAACGUUUACAAAAAAAAAAGAUGAAAUAUGACAGGUCAGUACAGUAUUUAUUGAUAAAGCAUUGAGUCUCACGCUUAAUAGCAAAUUAAAAAUAUAUGAAUCUGAUUUGUCCUGGUUUUGCAAUUGAGUUUUAAAAUGUAAAGGUCAAGUGUGUAAUUUCUGACACCAAAAAGAAGAGUGUCUCCAGAACCCCUUCCCCACCUGCCAUUGGUCAGUAUAACAGGCCCCGCCCCCCGACUCACACCAUUGGUCAAGCUCAAUGAUGCCAUAUAGACCCAUGUUCUGACAACGCCAUAGAAGUCAGUAGAUGUUUCGAUAUGUUAAACUAUGAUGAAAAGAUUUUAACAUUAAAAAAAUAUAUAUUCCUCACUUCAGUUUUAAGAAUCAAGUUUGCUCAUGUGAAUGUCUUUUAACAUACAUGUGGAUAUGUGUGUGUACGACAUCCGUCUUUCAGCCCCAAACGUGUGUUUCCUGCCCAAGUAUUGCGCAGGAAGUAUUAAGUAUUGAGAAGACAUGUCUGUUUUAACAGCCAUUGUUACAAAUUUUGUAUGUAUUUUUCUAUCUUAUUUUAUAUGUAUGUAAUAAACAGUAUUAAACA